GAUUUUCGAACUGGUGUAGAUACUGUGUCGCGCAGAACCACAUUGGGCUUCAAAACUGGUGUGUUCCAGCCCUUCAAAGAUGCUACAGCGCUGGACAGCAUGAAGACGCGAGUCACCCAUCUUGUCACCGCGCCCACCACAUCCUACCUGUGGAUCGAGAACGCCCAGCUGGCCGUUAAUGGUGUGUUGGAGAAAGACGAAUUGAAGAUACCUGAACAAACGCCAACCAUUCGUCCGUCACAACGUGAACACCAGGUCAUGAGAUUGUUGUCAGUUGAAACGCGGUUGUCAUCGAGAGGCGUCGCAACGCGACGUGUCAGGCUCACACGUCUACCAGAAGUGAUGAUAACGCAAAUCAUGCGUUUCGAAUGUGCCGAUGGACGAGUUGUGAAAAUUGACAGCAGAGUGCAUAUACCGCGGACCAUCAACAUCGCGGCGCUAACAUCUGGCGUGGAAGCUGCAAAGUAUUCCUUGAGAGCGGUAAUUAUGCACAUUGGUGGCGUGGAAGCAGGACACUAUACCGUCGUUGUACGUUCGCGAGAGGGUUAUGUGCACUGCGACGAUGCGGACGUGAGGAACAUAUCAAGAGCUGAAGCCCAGGAGUUAAUUGACACGAACGCAUAUAAGGCUAAGCUGUUCCCUUCGGUUUUUCGUCACUUAUGUGCAAAAUGUCCGAUGAACCGAGCUUCAAGAUGUAUCACAGCUAUCACAGGAUUGGUGGAUACAUGCCCUAUAUAUCUCAGCUCUAUCGCCGGAGACCCUGGAAAUAUGGAUCGAUUCAGUGGUACCGUGUUCAUCGAGUGGAAUCGGCUCCGCUACAACGCUCAUGCGAUUAACAAAUCAUUCACGAUCAAACACACACGAUCUGUAUGCAAAGUUGACGCUAGUAAAAGUCGUCGAAGAAUGUCGAAGUCAGCUGUGCCGAAGUGCAAACUUUUGAGGCAAUACGACGUGGAAAAGGCCCCUCAAGAAAUCGGUGCAUGCCCAUAUGGUAUAUCAUUCAAAAGUUUCGUCAUUCACGACGUUCCAGAGAAGAUACGGGCUUCACCAUCGAAAACGACUUCUGCCACGGCGACUCACCAGUUCGCCUAUGAGCGUGUACCAUUGCGGCGAACGACAUGUGCGGAGUGCGAUGUACGCGCCUCUACUAGUGCCGCAAACCCCCCUGCUGUCGAUCCCAUCUUCCUCAAGAACACUGAUGUAGAGAAGUGCUUCGAUAUAUCGGAUGACGAAAAGUUCGCAGGUUACAUCAACAAAGGAGUUGAAGGGAAACGUAGUGCAGUUGCACUUGAAAUGGCCAAAAGAGGAAUGUAUCGCGGGCUCUAUAUCGACCAGCACCACCUAUUACGUCAGUUGAGGGACGCGAUCACUGAGGACGUUAAUACCACCGGCUUAUCGGAUGCAAGCCUGUUCCUGAUGAGGAGCCGGAGGAGAUUAGGUGAAUCCGUAUUUUUUCUGCUGAAAACAAUCCGCAAGAUUGCGCCUGGAGAAGAGCUGCAAUGGAAUUAUGGACGAGAGUUCGAUUUUGGACCGAUGAAAACAUGCCCAUGUCAAGUGUGCAAAGGAGCGUGCCACUGCAAAACGUGCCAAGGGAAGCAGCCGCAUGGAACGGUAUGA